UGGAUGCACUUUUUGACAGUCAUGUUAUUGUUUACAGUGAGAGAGUGACACAGCACCCGGCGUCCUCGGCCUGUUUCUAGUGGAUUUGUCUUCGCUAACGUUACUUUAUUUCCUACGUUCAAUGUAAAUAGUCUGUAGCCUGUGCUUGUAACAAUUCAACGAUAAGCUUUUAAUUUUGAAAGUUAUUUUGAAAGUUUUGUUUGCUAGCUACCGGUAAGCUAGCUAACCCACCGGUCAAGUCUUGUUGGAUGUGAGUCAGCUAACUUGACGCUAGAGUAGCUGCAGUUGUCAUUUUGAACAAAUUCCUUUUUUUAAACAUGGACCAAACCGACUCUUACCCAGCGCUACUGUACAUUUACGACUUGUCUAAAGGCAUGGCCCGACAGCUGAGUCCUGUCAUGCUAGGGAAACAACUUGAUGGAAUUUGGCACACUGCUAUUGUGGUCCAUGGAAAGGAGUAUUUCUAUGGAGGAGAGGGUAUCAGCAACUGUCCACCUGGUGGCACUCCGCUGGGUGAACCAGACUCCAUCGUGCACCUUGGCUCCACUGAGGUGACUGCAGAGCUCUUCAUGGAUUACCUGGCUUCACUGUCAGAGUCCACAUAUGGGCGUGACAAGUACAACGUGUUUGAGCACAACUGCAACGUUUUCAGCAACGAGGUGGCUCAAUUCCUCACUGGCAAAAAGAUCCCAUCGUACAUCACAGACCUUCCAUCUGAAGUUCUGUCCACGCCUUUUGGCCAGGCUCUCCGUCCAUUGCUGGAUUCUGUCGUCAUAAGUCCUGGAGGCAACAACAUAACUGGACAGCGAUAGAUGGGGCUUUGCUCAUUAAAGUGAAUACUCUUGUUUAAGGGUUUUGGCAAGAGUGCGUGACUCACCAACAGCCAUCAUUCAGACCCUGAUGACACCUGUGGUUUACAGGUUGAUCUUUGCUCUAAGUCACUUUUCCAGCUAACCAGCCAUCGUUUGGACCGUCUUCUCUCUUCAGUUUUUCAGCCAUUCAGUUUCUUCCCAUUUUGCCUAUCUGAAGUGUGCCAGCCACUGGGGCCAGGGGACUUAACAGGUAGUUUCUAUUCUGGUUGAGAUAAUCAAGUGCGGCUAUGAGUUUUUGUGUGUUUUAUAUCAUUGGUGUUCUUUACCUGGUUCGGCCAAAUAGUUAAUCAGUAUAUCAUCAAGAUUUGUAUUAAGAAUUGGUAUUUUAGAGGAUGUGUUCACCCUUUUACACAGCUGUGCUCUUAAGAAGCUUUUGAAAUAUGACUUUGUCCUUUACUUGGGGACUCGGGGAUUUAAAAGUGGGUCAAAAUUGAAGGACCAGUCCAGAAAUGAAUUGAUAUGUACAAAUUCAGAUACGAGAAGGUAACAUUUUUAGAUGCUUAAUAUUUAAACAUAUAAUAAUUAAGAUAUGUUGUUUCCUUGGUAUAUAUAGAACUUGGUAUAUAACUUGCUUUUAUCUUCAUCAUACCUCAGCUUUAUCAUACAGCCUUGUCUCUCACCCUCCUUGUCACCAUGUAAUACCUCUUAUAAGAUGCUAGUUUCCCCCCCAGCGCCACCUUGUGGUCAUAUGGGCUCCUGGUUUUAGAGCCUCCCUUCAUUGUGAGUAAAGCUAUUUAUUACAAUUUAUCACAAUCCUCCUGAUACCUGUCGAGUUAUGCUUCAUUUUGUGUUUCUAAUGUGUUAACAGGUCUUGUAAGUUUUUUUGCACUCCUCUACAUGUGUUACUUUAAAAGCUACAUUACUCUAUCUGGAUCUGGAUCAGAAUACACACACAUACUCACUGAACUGUUCUCUUAAUCAUUCCGCUUUUUAAAGUUGUGUCAUUAAGUGCUUAGGGUUUCCCCUGUGAUGAUUGACAUGACAGGACUGCACUUCAAAGGCAAGGCCAGAGUAAGGAACAGUUUAAAUGAUGAGUACAGUAAAACAGUUCUGCUGGCCUUUCUUUGCAUUCAGUGUUUUAGAUAUUACAGUUUAACCAGAUCUGAAGGGUGUACACACGUGUGACCUCUGAGAUGCUUCACUCAGGAACAUCUACAUCGUACUGUGUGCGCAAUAGUACAGGACCAAUCAUUUGAACAUCUUCAGUUACUUCACUUGCCAAGACUUAAUAAAGUUGAAGUUUUGUAUAAUUUGUAUUUACUGGCAUGGUAAAUAUUAUAUACAGCCACAGCCACUUACCUGUUUUACUGCAGAGCCCUUGAUCCCUCCUUAAAGAAAAACAUAUAUUGUUGAUGCCAUCAGUGUCUUUACUCUGAAGUUAUUCUCGUGUCAGGACAGUUAACUUCCUGAAUAGCUACCUUGAAAUCAUUAACAUUUUUAGUAUACUUGAUGUUUAACCGAAAUCCUGUGCUUACAAAUACUUGAUCAAGUUUAACAGGUUAAAACACAUGAAAUGAUCUUCCAUUUUUAUUCAACAUAUGGCCUCUAAAGUAACUUAUAAUUAUUUUGAAUUGGACUGUAUAAUGAUUUUGUUUUAUUUCUUGCACUUCAGUGAACUUGUUUGACAAAAUGCCUGUUCUAGAUAAACUGAACUCCCCUUUUAAUGACCUGUCAUACUGUGAAACCGAUAGAGAAUUAACAUGUUAUUUAUAACAACUUAUAACUUGACAGGGCUCAUUAGUACUAGAUGUAAUUGGUAGUACAAGGUGCACGUUGUGAAAUGUGUAUGACAUUAAAAUAUCCUUUAUUAUUAAAAUUGUUAUGCUGUGAACUGA